AUGAGGUCUCGUGCCUUAGACUCUCUGGUGACUUUUAGUGCUGAUGACUUCCUUUCUCAAGAAUCAUCCGUACUGCUAAAUGCCUCCAUGAACUUGUAUCUUCAACAACAUUCAGCUUGUAUGAACCAGGAGGUCAACCGUCACAUGGCCAGCCUCGUGGAAAUUAGACUUGUUCGCGAGAAAGCAAAAAAGGACGAGGCUCAAAUAAAAUUUUUGACGAAUGAGCUUCAAGAGGAAAAGGAGCAUUCCAUCAAGCAGAGUCAGAAGAUGGAGAAUCUUCUAACUCGAUGCAUGCAACGCCAAGCAAAUGCCUCCGAAGCAUCCGCCUCGCUAGAAGAUAUUCGUGCUGAGAAUCUGAACUUCGUGACCCAGAAUGAUUGUUAUGUUUCUGAGAACCAGAUUUUGAAUGAGAAGGUCGAGACUCUCUUUUCGCAAGUGGACCGCCUGUCUAUCGAUUGCUCUCGUAACGAGGAACUAAAUUAUCAUCUUCACGACGAGAAUGGGCGCCUUAAGCUUGAAUUUCAACGGGUCAGCAAUUCCCUCACUAAUUCGAGGAAUCUUCAUUCCUCGUCAUUAGUUGCCUAUAGGAGACUGAAAGAAGAUAACGAGCGCGUGAUCAAUAGUAAAGAUAAAAUUGUGGCUGAUCUUCGCAAAUCUCGUAACAAGGUAACUGGUUUAAACGAAGAGAUUCACUAUCUGAAGAAGAAAGUGGAACUUCUUCAAGCUCAGCUAGAUAACUCAUCUCGUCCGAGGUCUAUCAAAUCUUCCUCUCAAGCCCAAUCCGCAGAUUCUCGCAAAAACAAGGGUGCUCUUGUCAUUCAUCCUGACAAAGAUACCUCGAAUUCCGAUCAUGAGCGCCAUAAGAGCCAAGUCCUUCGCCUUUCCCAGGAAAGAGAUGAGUUUCGCACAGAGGUUUCUCGCCUCAAAAAUGAAGUCAGUGAUUUGAACACUGAUAUGGAUGAGAUGAUUGAAACUUCUGCGAAGAGGUGUUCUCUGAUGACGAGCAAACCAAAGGAUGAUAGGAUCAUCUCUUGCGAAGAAGAGGGGAUCAACGAAGAUGAAGAGGAGCGGAAGAUCGACGAAGCGAAGGUCGAGGAGGAGGAUUCCAAGGGUGCCUCUGCUAGUAAUGGUGUUGGCCUUAGUGGAGCGGGUGAUGUUAUUUCUGAAGACGUACCUCUUCAGCAACAACCUUAG